AUGAUCGCGAAUCAGACCGAGAGGGCUAAGAAACAGCGGAAAAUAAUCGAAAACAGGAGGGCGGAGCAACACAAGACAAAUGCUGACAGGAGGAUGGAGGAAAGGGAUGUAGAGCGGGUAGAAGAAAGGGAUGCAGAGCGGGUAGUAGAAAGGGAUGCAGAGCGGGUAGAGGAAAGGGCUGCAGAGCGGAUAGAGGAAAGGGAUGCAGAGCGGGUAGAGGAAAGGGAUGCAGAGCGGGUAGAGGAAAGGGAUGCAGAGCGGGUAGAGGAAAGGGAUGCAGAGCGGGUAGAGGAAAGGAAUGCAGAGCGGGUAGAGGAAAGGGAUGCAGAGCGGGUAGAGGAAAGGGAUGCAGAGCGGGUAGAGGAAAGGGAUGCAGAGCGGGUAGAGGAAAGGGAUGCAGAGCGGGUAGAGGAAAGGGAUGCAGAGCGGGUAGAGGAAAGGGAUGCAAAGCGGGUAGAGGAAAGGGAUGCAGAGCGGGUAGAGGAAAGGGAUGCAGAGCGGGUAGAGGAAAAGGAUGCAGAGCGGAUAGAGGAAAGGGAUGCAGAGCGGGUAGAGGAAAGGGAUGCAGAGCGGGUAGAUGAAAGGGAUGCAGAGCGGAUAGAGGAAAGGGAUGCAGAGCGGGUAGAGGAAAGAGAUGCAGAGCGGGUAGCGGAAAGGGAUGCAGAGAGGAUAGAGGAAAGGUAUGCAGAGUUGGUAGAGGAAAGGGAUGCAGAGCGGGUAGAGGAAAGGGAUGCAGAGCGGGUAGAAGAAAGGGAUGCAGAGCGGAUAGAGGAAAGGGAUGCAGAGCGGGUAGAGGUAAGGGAAGCAGAGCGGGUAGAGGCAAGGGAUGCAGAGCGGGUAGAGGAAAGGGAUGCAGAGCGGAUAGAGGAAAGGGACGCAGAGCGGGUAGCGGAGAGGGAUGCAGAGCGGAUAGAGGAAAGGGAUGCAGAGCGGGUAGAGGAAAGGGAUGCAGAGCGGGUAGAGGAAAGGGAUGCAGAGCGGGUAGAGGAAAGGGAUGCAGAGCGGGUAGCGGAAAGGGAUGCAGAGCGGAUAGAGGAAAGGGAUGCAGAGCGGGUAGAGGAAAGACAGCGGGUGCAGGAAAUGGAUCAGAGGCGGAUGGAGGUAAAGGAAACACAAUGGACUCAGAAACGUGCAAUGAUGAGCGACCACAAACAGACAGUCAAUGAUGCCGACAGUAACUUGGUAUGA